CUGCGGUUGGCGGGCUCGGACGGCGCCUCAGUCGCUGCUCCAAGUCGGCGUGAAUCGCGAAUCCCGUUCUGUGCGUGGCGUCUUAUCCGCGAAUUCCAAUAAUCGAUAAUCAAUAACCGAUACUCAGGAUGGGGAAGCAAGUGCCGGCAGUGGGAAUCGAUCUGGGGACGACGUACUCCUGCGUCGGGGUCUGGCAGCAUGGCAAAGUGGAGAUCAUCGCCAACGACCAGGGCAACCGCACCACCCCCAGCUACGUCGCCUUCAACGACACCGAGCGACUCAUCGGGGAUGCCGCCAAAAGCCAGGUGGCGAUGAACCCUAAAAACACGGUUUUUGAUGCGAAGCGACUCAUCGGAAGACGCUUUGAUGACCCCAAAAUUCAAGAUGAUAUUAAACACUGGCCCUUCAAAGUCAUCAGUGAUUCAGGAAAACCAAAGAUUCAGGUGGAGUUCAAGGGAGAGCAGAAGAUCUUCGCGCCGGAGGAGAUCAGUUCGAUGGUGCUCACGAAGAUGAAGGAAGUGGCGGAAGUAUACCUCGGGGGGAAGGUGUCGGAAGCUGUGAUCACGGUGCCGGCCUACUUCAACGACUCGCAGCGGCAGGCGACCAAGGACGCCGGGGCCAUCGCCGGAAUGAACGUCCUCCGGAUCAUCAACGAGCCCACGGCCGCCGCCCUCGCCUACGGCCUCGACAAGAACCUCAAGGGCGAGAGGAACGUCCUCAUCUUCGACCUCGGCGGCGGCACCUUCGACGUCUCCAUCCUCUCCAUCGACGAGGGCUCCCUCUUCGAGGUCAAGUCUACCGCCGGUGACACUCACUUGGGUGGCGAGGACUUCGACAACCGGCUAGUGACGCACUUCUCUGAGGAAUUCAAGCGGAAGUACAAGAAGGACCUGCGAGGGAACGCGCGGGCGCUGCGGCGGCUGCGGACGGCGUGCGAGCGGGCCAAGAGGACGCUCUCGUCGUCGACGGAGGCCUCCCUGGAGAUCGACGCGCUGCACGAGGGGGUGGACUUCUACGCCAAAAUCACCCGCGCCCGCUUCGAGGAGCUCUGCAUGGACCUCUUCCGCAACACUCUGGCCCCCGUCGAGCGGGCCCUCACCGACGCCAAGAUGGACAAGGGAUCCAUCCACGACGUCGUCCUUGUUGGCGGCUCCACCCGCAUACCCAAGGUCCAGAAGAUGCUCCAGGAUUUCUUCUGCGGGAAGUCGUUGAACCUUUCGAUCAAUCCCGACGAGGCAGUGGCCUACGGAGCGGCGGUGCAGGCGGCCAUCCUGAGCGGAGACCAGAGUGCGGAAAUUCAGGACGUCCUCCUUGUUGACGUCACGCCCCUGUCCUUAGGGAUCGAGACUGCCGGUGGCGUCAUGACCAAGAUCGUUGAGAGGAACGCCCGCAUCCCUUGCAAACAGACCCAGACCUUCACCACCUACUCGGACAACCAGCCCGCCGUCACCAUUCAGGUGUUCGAGGGCGAGCGGUCGAUGACCCGCGACAACAACCUCCUGGGGACGUUCAACCUGUCAGGGAUCCCGCCGGCGCCGCGAGGUGUGCCCAAGAUCGAGGUGACGUUCGACCUGGACGCCAACGGGAUCUUAAACGUCUCUGCGAAGGACAACAGCAGCGGGAAGAUGGAGCGGAUCACCAUCAAAAACGACAAGGGGCGCCUCUCGAAGGAGGACAUCGAGAAGAUGCUCGCCGAUGCCGAGAAGUACAAGCACGAGGAUGAGAAGCAGAAGGAGCGCGUCACCGCCCGCAACCAGCUCGAAGGGUACACCUUCAACGUCAAACAGGCCGUCGAGGAGGCGGGUAGCAAACUAUCGGAGACAGACAAGAAAGCUGUGUUGGACAAAUGUUCGGCAGUGCUUACCUGGUUGGACACAAACUCAUUGGCAGAGAAGGAGGAGUACGAAGAAAAACUUAAGGACCUGCAGAAGGAUUGCGCUCCGGUCAUGACCAAACUUCAUCAGCAAGGAGGCAAAGGUCCCACCGUCGAAGAGGUCGAUUAAAUAUUUAGGGUAAAGGAAAAAUGCAACCUCAACUCUGCGGACUUAACACUUAAGAGAAAGAAUAAAUCUACAAAAAAGAGCGGGUGAAUUUUGCGAUUAGAGGGAAAAGGCAAGAGCAAUAAACAAUGUAGUGCGUUGUAAAACGCUUGAAAAACGGGUAGAUUUUGUUGACUUUGAGAAAAUCUUUGUUCUAUAUAUUGUGUCUGAAUUUAAUAGACUUACAACUGAACCGUUCAAAUUGAAGUCAAAUUUCCUAUUUUCAUUGGAAAAAUAGAGAUGUGUUCACUUAAAAUUCACGCUUAAAACAUAAUGUAUCAAGGGGUUAACGGCAACCUCUCAUAUACAUAUAACUCGGUCAAUAUUGCUCGUAAUGUUCCUUGCUAAAUAAUUAUCGGUUAAAUGCAUUACCUUAAAGCUUGCACGUAUGUCCCUAUUAAGUGUUGAGUUAGGUUGAAUUGAAGUUUGUAAUUGUAUUUUCCACAUGCAAUAUAUGGUAAAAAAAUUGAAACUUGAAAGGACUUGCAACUUUCUGAGAACAGAUAAACUUUUUCUACAAGUAGAUAAACAAGUUUCGAACAUAAUGGUCACAGUGAAACCCAUGUCGGGGACGUAUUUUGUCUUUCAAUAUUUUCAUCGUUACCAGUUUGUAUAUUCAUCGUUUCUCUGAAAAUGUUGGGUGAAUGUGAUUUGUUUCUUUUUUUUUUAAAAAAAAGUGAACGAUUGAAAAUAUGAAACUGUAAAUAAGAAUAUAAUUGUAAACAUUUUUGCCCUCGAUGAAUCAUGAGUGUAAAAAGUAACCUCUUCAUUCUGUUACCUUUUCAAAUUCUAAUAUUAACUUAUUUUAAGUUGAUUCAUAAAUUUAAAAAAAAAGAGUUAGAACCAUAGGCCCAAUACAAAUUGCUGCAUCAGUGUAGCUUUUGAGAGAGUUUCCACUCAAUACAAUGCAUAAGGAGACAAUUUUAAUUUUAAUGUGUUUGCAUUGCCACAUUAUUACGUAAAAUUCAUAUUUAAGGGCCCAUAAAGAUGCUAGUUUCGUAAUUGAAAAAUUGCAUACUGGCCCAACGCUCACCCGCGUACUAACACCCCCAAUUUCAUUUUUCCGCUUUCCAAAGCACAGAUUAACUGAUAACUCAUCGAAGCUCAAAGUUUGUAAAAAAAACUAGGUUCUUUAAUGUUUUGUUAAGGAGCUUGAUUUUAAAUGGUUAUUUGCUCCUGGGUUCGGACGCAGUCUUGCUUUGAAGGGACUGCUCAGAACUUCCUGAUCACAAAUCAUUGUAGCCCGCAAGCAGACUACUACUGCUGCAGUGCAGUGGGCUUGCUUGCCCUCUAUAGACUGAUUUAGUGACUACGUCAUUCGCUAUAAUAUCGAACUCUUGGUUCAAACCAAAACAAACUAACAAAACCUCAUGUGCGAAUUCUUCAUGAGUUACUUGUGUUAAUUUAUUUAUAUGUAGUCAUUAAUCGGCCAUAAAUCAAUUAGAGACUCAUUAAAUACGAGAGCUUACGAUUGUAAAAAACACUUGGACGCAUUUUACCACCAUUCUGCAAAGGGCGCGAAUCAGAAACAAGGUUCUGUGUUUCUUUAAAUUUGAACCAAGGGUUCGAUAUUAUAUCGAAUGACGUAGCCACUAAAUCAGUCUAUUGCAGGGUAGUGAUUCAUGAGCUCUAAAAAAGUCGAACUGCAUUUAUGAUGUUUGUUUAUAUCUAACUGUUAAUUGUUAAAUUAUUAUUUAUUUUUCCAAAAUAAGAGUAAGUUUUAACAAAGUU